GCCGGCACGGAGGGGCCCGCCGCCGGCAUGCUGCCCGUCCUCUGCACCGCCCUGGCGGGGCUGCUGCUGCUGCCGCUGCUGGCGAACUUCUGCUGCCCCCACUUCUUCCAGGACAUGGGCUACUUCCUGCAGGUGGCCGGCGUGGCCCGGCGGGUGCGCGGCUACGGGCAGCGGCGGCCGGCGCGCACCGUCCUGCGCGUGUUCCUGGAGAGGGCGCGCCAGACGCCGCACAAAGCCUUCCUGCUCUUCGGCGACGAGACGCUCACCUACGCGCAGGUGGACCGGCGCAGCAACCAGGCGGCCCGGGCGCUGCACGACCACCUCGGCCUGCGCCAAGGAGACUGCGUGGCGAUCUUUGUGGGGAACGAGCCGGCCUACGUGUGGCUGUGGCUGGGGCUGGCCAAGCUGGGCUGUGUCAUGUCGUGCCUCAACUACAACAUCCGCGCGAAGUCCCUGUUGCACUGCUUCCAGUGCUGCGGGGCGAAGGUGCUGCUGGCCUCCCCAGAACUACAAGCAGCUGUUGAAGAGGUAGUGCCAUGCCUGAAAAAAGAUGAUGUGUCUAUCUAUUAUGUGAGCAGAACUUCUUACACAGAUGGGGUUGAUACUCUCCUGGACAAAGUAGAUGAAGUGUCAAGUGAACACCCAGAGUCAUGGAGGUCUGAAGUCACCCUUUCCACUCCUGCCUUAUACAUUUAUACUUCUGGAACCACAGGUCUCCCAAAAGCUGCUACAGUCAACCAUCGGCGCAUCUGGUAUGCAACUGGCCUCUUUGUGGUAAGCAGAAUAAGGACAGAUGAUAUCAUCUAUGUCACUCUGCCCUUGUAUCACAGUGCUGCACUUCUGAUUGCCGUCCACGGAUGUAUCCUGACUGGUGCUACUCUUGCCUUGAGGACUAAAUUUUCAGCCAGCCAGUUCUGGGAUGACUGCAGAAAAUACAACGUUACUGUCAUUCAGUAUAUCGGUGAACUGCUUCGGUAUUUAUGUAACUUACCCCAGAAACCAAAUGAUCGUGAUCAUAAGGUGAGACUUGCACUGGGAAAUGGUCUACGAGCGGAUGUGUGGAGAGAAUUCAUCAAGAGAUUUGGGGACAUUCACAUUUAUGAAUUCUAUGCCGCCACUGAAGGCAAUAUUGGAUUUUUUAAUUAUACGAGGAAAAUUGGUGCUAUAGGAAGGGUAAACUCCCUACAAAAAAAAGUCAUAUCUUAUGAACUAAUUAAAUAUGAUGUGGAAAAAGAUGAACCUGUCCGAGACGAAAAUGGAUAUUGCAUCAGUGUUCCCAAAGGUACAGUGGACCUGUGUUCA